GGUUCUUUUGUUGUCCAAAUUAAGGGACCUCAUGGAUGGUCAUGGGAGCCAGAUCAUGUAAGUUGCUGCUUUCUGGUCCCAUGCUUGCCUUUAAAAUUAUGUUCUCUAUUUACUUGUUGUCUUUUUGUUAACUCCUUCAGUUACUUUCCUGAACCUUCUUACUUUUGGUAUGUGAUAUGCGAACUUUGACUGCCAAUAUUAUCGUGUUUUAAAUUAAGCUCAUGACUACACGGAAGCUUGCAUUCUUCUGCAACUGACAAAGCAUUAGUUUUGGUCUGUUGGCAACUAGAUCCCUGUUUCUUUUUCUAGUUAAGUAUGUCCCUGAACUUUCAGUGAAAACGUGUAAAUAUGGUAAAGGAUGCUCUUGAUGUGGAUCCAACUUCCACGUAGACUAUUUGGCAGUAUAUAUAUGCCAAGGGCUUGAGGUUGUAAUUGCUGGUUAAAGUAGUCCUGUAUAGACUGAUUUGCUAUAAUUGGAAUGGUUUGGAUUGUGGGUCUUCUGGAAAGUUUUUCUCAUCCCCACACCCAAAAAAAGAAAAAAAAAACAACACACCCUUCCCACCCUUAGGACUAGCUUGACGCAACUGUAGGGCCUGAAGACACUUUCAGCAAAAGCUUGUUAUCUCAUCUGAAGCCAAUGGAAUGUUAAAGAUGUUACCGCAGGAACUGGGAUAUAGUGGAGCAGCACAAUAAGGAUUUGAUAACGAACUUCCCACAUUACUCUCAAUAACUGAGCAUAAAAGAUUGUAGUUAGCUGGCAGGAGAAAGAAGAUGUGAGGUGUGGGAUAGUGUGAAGAUGAAGAACAUUUAUGAGGAGGAUGAAGGAACCUCUGUGCUGUGUUGACAGUGCAUACAGAUUCAGCUCUGGGCAGAUUAAGGAGCUGAGAUUGCUGAUUUUGAUAAAACAGGAGUUGUACCGGAGCCUGUGUUCCAUUUAUUACUAGAAAAUAUGGGAGUUGUUCGACAAGGCUGAUGUCAACCAGUAAUUUUUCAAUCUAUUCUACGUUUAAGUUGAACGUUGUCAAUCACAUCCAUAUGUAAGUGUAUAAGAUGAUGGAAGCAUCUUUUCUACCGUUGAUUUUAUAGAUGGCUAUGCCACACAGGUACUUGUCAAAGGCCCAAGUACACACAUAUUGUGUACAUAUAUCAUAUAUAAUAUAUGUAAUAUACUUGUAUAUGUCAUAUCUAACAAUAUAUUAUAUGUAUACAUAUAAUUUAUAUGUAAUAUUGCUUAUAAUAUAUUGCAUAUAUUAUACAACCUAGGAUUAUAUAUGUAUAUAGCUUAUAACAUACGUUAUAUAUAUGCACCAUAAUAACAAUAUAUAAUAUAUGUUUAUAAUCUGCUAUAUAUGUUGUAUGAGUUCUUUUGAGAAUUUUGGAAAGCUUAAAUGAAAUUAUUAAGAACUCAUGAGCUGCUUAUAUGUAAAUGUUGGGUACUCUUAAGGAACUAACAACAAGAUUAAGAUAUACUUGACUGUGACUUAAGUAUAGAUUAACCUUAAUUAAUAUAAGUUUAAUUAAACUAUUCCAUAAUUAAGAGUUACUAAAUACCUUUCAGUUUGAAAGUAAAUAGCUUCAAAAUUGGGGACAAGAUUGAAAAAUAAAAUAAAAUAAGAGGGAGGUCGUUGCACGACCCCCAUUUCAAGACCAAAAGAGAGGGAUAGAAGAAAGAGACGAGGGGAGGGAGGAGACUGAUUUUCAGGCGGUCAAAUCAACAAGAAUCAGGUAUGGUGUCCCUAGCAUCCCUUUUUGCUUUCGGAAAUGGUUUUGAUUCAGUUAAUGCAUAAUUUCACACCAUAUUUUUGGAAUCAUGCUUAUUUCAUGUGCUGCAAGCGUUGAUAACUUUUGCUUGACGAAAAAUGGUGCAGACUGGGAUAUUAUGCAAACCCCCAACUAGCCAGUUUGUGAAAUAGCGCCUUUGCAGCUAGUUUUUGAAUUGCCCGAGCCAUUUUGCCCGACAUCGGCGGCUGACCAUGGCCAGUCCGGCUUGACCACAACUCUAUCCGUGGCCACGUAUUGCUGCUGGUGGUCCGCUUGGCUUGUUUUUGACUUCUUGAGGUGCACUACGUACCUUGUCCUGUUUGGGGUUUGUUGUGCGCAUGUUCCCAUGCGAAUGAUUAUGCUGUCGAUUUUUCCAUCGCCUAUGUAAUUGCAUGAAUAGUUGAACGUGAUUGCAUGAAUAGUCAACUAGGCAACCUUUAGCAGACCUUAUUAUGUUUGGGGUGUUGUGCCAUUUGACCAUAGAAGUGUACCGCCAAGAAAUGUUAGAUUGAUCCUCCCUAGAGGGGAAUGAAUCAAAAUUAUAUCUGUUGCAUGGCUUGUUCUUAUACUUGUUACGUACUAUUUAUAGUUGCAUGUUAUAAUGUGGUAUGUGGAUGUGCUGCGUAUAUGACAGGUGGAGGUUGGAGUCAUGACUGACGCCAAUGCGAUGUAACAGACCUAGUGAAUUGCAUAUGGGCAGAUAGAUAGGCUUAGCCUUUGGAUAUGUGUUCUCUUGAUCUCAUGAUUAUUGUUAUGUUUUGUUGGUUCAUGAUUAUUGUUAUGUUUUGUUGGUUCAUGAUUAUUAGUCUGAUGUUAAAGAACCUGACUUGGGCUCCACAGGUCCUGCUCCUUAUCAUGAUCAUCUAGAUGCAUUAAGAAGUAAAUUAUUUAAUUGUUCAUGCAACAUUAUCGUGAAAUGAAGAAAACAUGCAUCAAUCUUUUCACUCCAUAGCCGCUUUGCCACUCAGUUUCUUAGUUAUUCGUAAUUAUAUAUAUAUAUAUAUAUAUAUAUUUAUUUAUUUAUUUAUAUGAUUUGUGAAUUUAUAUGGUCAGGGUGUGGCCAUAGAAGUCACACGCUACUCACACACAUCGCAAUGCAUUGCAUUAGAGCUAAAGCUGCCCAAUAAUUUUUAUCGGGUGGCUGUGGAAGUAGGCCUGAACUAGAAGCUAAAACUCAUUAAAGCUUGGCUGGAGCUCAAGCCGAGUCUUAACCAUGUACGAGUUCAAGACUCAACUGGUUUAUGUAAGCGGCGUGACUCGGUUCAAAAGAUAAUUGGUUCGAGUUGUUGCAAGAAACGAUUCACGCAACUCCUUUUUUAAAUAUUAAACCGCUUUCCAAAUGUGACACGAACGAUCGGGUGGCGGCGGAAUUCUUUCUUUCGCUCCUCCACUCAUCCUCGGUGGUCGUCAAGUUCUCCGUCGCCUUGCCUUGCCUCUUCUUUGACGUUCGUCGAGUUCUUCACUCCCGACUACCGCUCUCCCUAGUCGGCCGCCGUGUCCUCCAACUCUGCGACGGUCGAUCUCCCGUCCGGCGUCCAUACCUCGGAAGCUCCUGUGACUACAGUGUCCCGUCGGUCGUCAUUCGUCAAGUUACUCAGGUCUCUCUCUCUCUCCCUCUCUCUCUCUCUCUCUCUCUCUGUUGUGGGUAGGUGGUAUCCGAACAGCGAAUCGCUUCUCGGCGUCUCGAGCUCCCUUUUCUGUUCCACCGGCAGCCACCGCCCAUCGGCCCAUUGCUGUUUACGAUGGCUACCGAUGGGAAACAUAAAGAAGGUCGGGGGGGGGGGUUGGAAUUUAUGAGGUUUCUCUUUGUGCUGUUUACCAACAUUAGGGCUCCUUACUAUGUCUGUUUCCCCUUCUCUUCCUCCCGGUAACUUCUAUGCCCAUUGCAGUCGCAAAAUAGAAGUUUUGUUGGAGGAUUUCAUGUAUUCCGUUUUGGGUGUUCUCAUAAGUACCGUCGACUGCAUUUUAUUGUCUUCGAUUCACUGUCUCUUUCCUUUCUUGUGCGAAUUCUAUUGUUGGGUGUGAUGCUUUGGUGAUGUUUAGGCUUUUCUGAUUAUUCUUACUUUUGCUGAUUCUGUUGUUGUGAUUGGGUUCAUGACGGAUGCCUGUUCUUGGGCCUGGUUUGGAUAUGUUGGUCUUCAAUUUUAACCUUAGUUUCGUGUAUUUUGAUUUUGCUGGUAGCCUGGUCUAGUUUUCAUGAUAACGGCUACUACUUUUAUUGGUGUCGUGUAGGGUUUGUUCUCUCCUUGAUGGUGAUCCUCCUCGCUUUUUUUGCUCUCUCUUUCUCCCAUUCUCUUUAUUGGUGUCGUGUGCAGUUGCUCUAACAGCAGCUCAUCGUUGCUUUCAUUUCUUAUGCUGUUAUGUUUCUCAUGGUUAUUUAUUUCUAGCUGCCUGCUGUUAAAAAGAUAACUAUGUUGCAUUUGCUAGUAGUAUAACCUUAUUCCUGGUUUUUGGCACUUAAAGUUCAAAUUUUGCUGUCUUAUGGUUUUGCUGCUCAGCAUGAUAUUCAGUACAAGUUGAAUAAUGUUUAAAUUAUUUAUCUGGCUCAUUCUGUUAAAAAUUGAGUAUAUUUGGGAACAAUAUGUCACAAUGGCUUAUAUCAUAAUUAUAUGGGGACACCAGCAAACCUGAUGAGUACUUAAGGCCUAAGGGCAUCACUGUUUACAUGGUGUUGGGUCCUGGGUUAGUUUUGGCAUUUGUAGUGCCUUUUUAAGCUGGCAUCUGCCUGGAUUUAGUCGACAGUGGCUGAAAGACCAACCCAAUUCAUGUUAGGUUCGAGCAGUUGAGUGGAUAGGCAUUUAACCUAUUGUUUUCAUUUUUCAUUUCUAGCUGUUAAAUGCUUUUAAUUAUAGAACAUAUUGCUUAGUGUUUUAUGCAAUUUAUACCUAAAAUCCUAUGACUUCAAGAUCAGCAGUAUUGUGAGGUGAAGAUAACGUGGAAGAGCUUUUAUGUUCAUCAGGGGCGCACAUGCAUACACGAUCAUGUGCAUACACGAAUUGCAGAUGAAGUGUUCUUUCAUCAAUCAUGUGCAUACAGAAUUGCAGAUGAAGUGUUCUUUCAUCCAUGCAUGCAAAUGUUGGGAUAAAUAGUAAUUACCAUAUUAUGAUUUUGCAUUUUAAAUUUUGUUUUAGUCAACCUUCAUGAUUUUUUUUUCUGGCUUGUAUAUCCUUCAAUACUCCUCUUGAAUUUUCCAAGUUAUUUAAUUCAGUAUUCUGCAUUGUAUGUUUUACACAUAAAACGAAAAUAUAGGUUGAGCUCCAAACAGUUGAUGGGCUAGUGAAAGAAAGCACUCAGUGUGCUCCAAAUGGUUAUUAUUUCAUUCCAGUUUAUGAUAAGGUAUCAGACAAAGGUUCAUUAGCUUUCUUAUUUUUCUGGUUGCCUGGACGUUUUGUAAGUUUUUUGCUGGAAGUGUUAUAGUAAAUUAAACUGCAGUGCUGUUCCACUCCUAACAGAUGUUUCUAUCGGUUUUGUUCACUGUUUCUGUAAAUGUCUCUUCUUCAUUUAAUGAUUCCAAGAGUUUCCUGAAUCAAGCUGCUGAAUUUUGUCACAACAUAUUUUUCUGUCAUGUAAAACUCAAGCCUCUGCAGUUUAGUCUCCAUCAUUCAGUCUGGAUAAGAAAAGGAAUACCCAGUUCUCCCAUUCCUUGGUCAUAUAUUGCAUCUGGUCGUGAGGACACCUCCAUGUAAUAUCAGAAUGAUAGUCAAGGUCCUCCCACUUCGAUUUUAAUGCUGCAUAAAAGUCUGCAACCGAGAGAGCACCUUGUCGCAGGGCAUACACAUCCUUCAUAAGUUGAUACACACGAACUUUCCUUUUCUUUUGACCAUACAUCUGCUCCAAAAUAAUCCACAUAUCCCUUGCAGUCUUCUUGCCAAGAAUGAGGGGUUGGAUAUCCGGGGACACUGAAUUAACAAUCCAGGUUUUUACCUGGUUGUCUUCAAGAAACCAUGUAUCCCAAGCCAGACUAUCUGCAGUAGGUUCGACCUUUCUCCCAUUCACAUAGGCAAUGCGUCCUCGCCCAACAAUCCCCAUAGUAAUUGCAGCAGACUAUCGUGAAUAGUUCUCCUUGGUAAGUUGAAUGGUGGUAACUUGAACCGGUACAUGAUCAGUCCGCGCAGAUACAACAUCAGGUAGAUUGGUAUUGACUGAGGAGGAAGACGAGUCAGCCAUGAUCACCAGCUAGAAGCGGCUGCCCAACAACACACACGACAGCAGCAACCCAGAGGACAGCACUGGGUAGAGACGACGCAGGCGGGGAGAGUCAGCGGGAGCGGCGGGACGCGACAAUGGCAGAGGCGCAGCACAGCACGGCAGCAGCGUCGGGUGGUGCGACGCAGCCAGGGAUCAACGGCGGAAGCAGAGGGCAGCGCUCGGCGGAAGCAGAGGGCGCAGCGCUUGGCAGCGCGCGCCAAGGACAAGCGACGUCGUGCAGAGGCGUCGGACGUCAGCGUCGGUUGUCGGACGUCAGCGUCAGACAAAAAAUGCACUGGAAUCGUUGUUUGGAACCUUAUGUGGUGGUCUACAACUCAGUGUUAAAUGCUUGUGCCACUCAUAAGCGGUGGAAAGGAGCAGUGUGGGUGCUUGAAAAGCUCAAGCAUAAUGGCCUAAAACCUUCUUCAGCAACUUAUGGCCUUGCAAUGGAGGUGAUGUUAAAAGCAGGAAAAUAUGUGCUUGUUCACAAGUCUUUUGGAAAAAUGAGAAAAAGAGGACUUGCUCCAAAUUCUCACACAUAUAAAGUUCUUGUGACUGCCUAUUGGAGGGAAGGUAAGAUAGACGAUGCUGUUGAAGCAGUUUUGGAUAUGGAACGGAGGGGAGUAGUUGGGUCAGCUAGUGUGUAUUAUGAACUGGCUUGCUGCAAUUUGCAAUAAAGGAAGGUGGUGAGAUGCUAUGGUUCAGGAAAUAACUAUUGGGAAAGAGAGGUACACUGUUGGUGAAGUGUUGUUUCAGCUUUUCAUUUUGGGCUUCGAAGAGCAUGGUAUUGUUGAGCAGCUUCUGCAUUGUAUCUCAAGUGCUUCAUAUGAGAACCAAAGGCAAUUGUUGGAAAAUAAUGUGGUUUGUGGACUGUAUUUAUGACUGGUAUGUCCAUGUUGUUCUUUCUUCUAUUAGUCUAAAUUAUAAAAAACAGUUAACCA